GCAGGAAACAUUUGAAGAAAGCGAGCCAAAACCAACGCAUCACUGCAUCACCCAUCAACACCAUCACCUCCCAAACUCCUCAUCUCCAUCUCCAUCUCCAUCUCCCUUGGAACCAUAGACAAGAAGCUCCAAUCCAAUCCAAUCCAUGGCUGUUGCUUCUUUGCUUUCUCGCUUCUCCCUAAUCCCGCCUCUUGCCCACCCCUUCCAUAGAGCAGUAUCAAUACAAUCGAAGUUAAUCUCCGCAUUGGACCAGCCAUGGAGAGUGAAGAGCGUUGCUGCCGCUGCUGUUCGUCCUGCGAGUUUAUCUUUAGUUCAAUUUAUUGCCACUGAUGGUGGAACGGAAGCCAUCAGUGUUCCGAGAUCGGUGUCUGUUCUUGUAGCUCAUGAACUACUUCAGGCCGGCCAUCGAUGCUUGGAUGUCAGGACUAUGGAUGAGUUCAAUGCUGGACAUGUUGUAGGAGCAAUGAAUAUCCCUUACAUGUUUAAGGCUGGAUCAGGGUUGGCAAAGAACCCUGAGUUUUUGAAGGAUGUAUCUUCCAUGUUCAAAAAGGAUGAUGAAAUAAUUGUUGGUUGUCAAAGCGGGAGAAGAUCACUCAUGGCCGCUGCUGAUCUUUCUUCAGCAGGUUUUACUGCUGUAGUAGACAUUGCAGGCGGUUAUUCAGCAUGGGUGGAAACAGGUCUUCCUACAGAGCAGUAAUUGUACUCUCUUGGGCUGAUUUUCAUGCAAGAUGGUCAGUUGAUAUCUGGUUAAUUUACUAUCACUGCGUGUUAUUUAAUUAAGCUCAAUAGCAUGCAACUCUUUCUGGUUGAAAGAGAACUAUAAUACAGUUGAUGCAACGCAGAAUGAAAUCUCAUUAAAUACUA